AUGGCUGCAGCGGCACGGCAGGGUGAGACGUCCCGACCACACAUGGACCUCAGGGGGAGGAUCGCUGAACUUUUCACCUGGCAGCUGGCCAAGACGCUGGCCAUGGGUCAGGGCCUGGCAGUGCUGGUGUGCGGCACGGCGGUCGCCUCGCAAGCUUCCUCAACUACGUGCUCCUCAGCGCCACCUACGUUCCCAUGCUGCUCUGCAGACCAGAUUGUGAGGAGUCGCUGGUUCAAGUACUUUCUGCUGGGCCUGGUGGACGUGGAGGCCAACUACGCUGUGGUCAGAGCCUACCAGUACACCACCCUCACCAGUGUGCAGCUGCUGGACUGCUUUGUUAUCCCAGUGGUGAUGGUUCUUUCCUACUGGGUUCUGAAGACCCGAUACCGGCCUGUCCAUUACGUGGCCGUGUGCAUCUGUCUGCUCGGUGUGGGCGCCAUGGUGGGGGCUGACCUGCUGGCUGGGAGGGACCAAGGCUCCACCGCCAACUUGCUGCUAGGUGACGGCCUGGUGCUGCUCAGCGCCACGCUCUACGGCGUGUCCAACGUGUGUCAGGAGUACACGGUGAAGAAGCACAGCCGGGUGGAGUUCUUGGGCAUGGUGGGCCUCUUUGGCACCGCCAUCAGCAGCGUGCAGAUGAUCAUCUUGGAGCGCCACCAGUUGGCCGCCAUCCGUUGGAGCUGGCAAGUGGCGCUCCUCUUGGCCGUGUUUGCGUCCUGCAUGUUCGCCUUGUACAGCUUCAUGCCCGUGGUGAUGAAGAAGAGCAGCGCCACCGCCGUCAACCUCAGCAUGCUGACCUCUGACCUCUUCAGCCUCUUUUGUGGCAUCUUCCUCUUUCACUACAGCUUCUCUGCACUGUACCUGGUGUCAUUGGUGGUCAUCCUCAUUGGGUUCACCACCUUCAAUGCUGUGCCCACGCCCACAAGCCCCGAACCAACCUGCCAGGCAGGUCGCAAUGCCAACACCGUUGUCAACCCCGCCAAACAGGAAGAGGAGCAAAAGAGAAGCACUGAUGUCAUACUCUGCACUAAAAUGUGAAAAAGUAUUUGUUUUACUUCAUUACAUUGUGACUAAUUUUGUUUAUUCAAACUUUUACACAGCGUUCCAGUUUUAUUGUAAUUUAUUACAGUUUAGGUCAAUCCAAAAAUGACAACUUAUGCCUGAUAGGCAGCAAUAUACAUAAAAUGCAUUUCAAUAAAACCAUAAAAAUCACAUUAAUCUACACAAGAUAAAUGGUUAAAUAAAGAUUAAAAAUUGUCAUGUGAUAAAUUCAUUGGAAGUGUUCAAACACCAAUAUAGUCAAGCUUUUUAAACCGCUUGUCAGCUAAAAGACAGGAAGUAGAAUCAUCCACCAGCCACUUCAUUAGGUACACUAUCUUAUGGACCCAAUGUAAACUAACAUGUUUAUUACUCCACUUUAUAACAUUUUGGUUAUCUUACUGAGCUGCAGAAAAUGAUCAAUGAAGAGAAACUCCAGGUGUCUGCUGAGGCACGUGGUGGUGCACAACCACUUGUAGUGGAAGUCAUGAGCUUUGGGACCCUCAGGCGGUGUUCCCUGUGGGGGUCUCAGGGAAGUCCAGAGACUCUUGAGAGGACUGCUCGU